AUGAAGAUCAUCAGGAGAGAUAAUGAGAGCACAGUGUUUGAGUUCAUUCUCCUGGGACUCCCCAUCCAGCCAGAGGACCAAGACAUGUAUUCUGCACUGUUUCUGGCCAUGUACCUGACCACAGUGGUGGGGAACCUGGUCAUCAUCCUCCUCAUCAGACUGGACUCUCACCUCCACACCCCCAUGUACUUCUUCCUCAGUCACUUGGCCUUCACAGACAUCUCUUUCUCAUCAGUCACAGUUCCAAAGAUGCUCAUGAAUAUGCUGACACACAGUCAGUCCAUCUCAUAUGCUGGGUGUGUUUCCCAGGUGUAUUUUUUUCUGUCUUUUGCAGAUCUUGACAGCUUCCUUCUGACCUCAAUGGCCUAUGACAGGUAUGUGGCCAUCUGUCACCCUCUGCACUACACCACCAUUAUGAGUCAGAACCUCUGUAUCCUGCUAGUGAUAGUGUCCUGGAUCUUGUCCUUUGCCAAUUCCCUUGUUCACACCCUCCUCUUGGCUCGUUUGUCACACUUUAGAGACAAUACCAUUCCACACUACUUCUGUGAUCUCUCUGCCUUACUAAAGCUGUCCAGCUCAGAUACCACCAUCAAUAAACUGGUCAUCCUUCCUUUGGGUACACUGGUAAUUACUCUACCAUUCAUAUGCAUCCUGGUCUCUUAUGGCCGCAUUGGAGCCACCAUCCUGAGAACUCCUUCAGUCAAGGGAAUCUACAAAGCCUUGUCCACAUGUGGUUCUCACCUCUCUGUGGUUUGUCUGUACUAUGGAGCCAUUAUUGGGCUGUACCUAGUCCCCUCAUCUGAUAACACUAAUGACAAGGAUGUCAUUGUGGCUGUGAUGUACACUGUGGCCACGCCCAUGCUGAAUCCAUUUAUCUACAGUCUGAGGAAUAGGGACAUGAAAGAAGCCAUGAGCAAUAUCUUCAGCAGGAGAGUCUGUUCACAGUGA